AUGACUGUCACGACUCUAGGAUAUAGUAUGGUAAUCUGUGGUAAUUCACAUGAUCCGCAACAGCGAUAUCGUGGUCGAAUCGAAAAAGUUAAAUUUGGUGUACCUAUCCAAGAAGCAUUUUCACGCGAUAUUCCAGCUACACUUUUGAUAUUACUACUGAAGGUUAACAAAGAUGGACCGUCGAAGAAAGAUAUUUGGCGAGCUCCAGGUAAUCAGGCUCAAGUGCGUAAGUUAGCACAUACCAUGCAGCAUGGUAGGCUUGUCAAUAUUGCCAAUUUUAGUGUCUAUACAGCAGCUUCAGUUAUAAAGAAAUUUCUAUCCAAACUUCCUGGAGGAAUUUUUGGUUUGGAAAAUGAACGGCUAUUGUUUGAUUUAUUUUAUCAGUCAGAUCUCGAAAAUCAACGUCAGGUCUUUUGUAGAGUUGUCAGCAGUUUAUCAAUUCCUUCUCAGCAUUUACUUGUAUUACUAUUCGGUACCUUUUUCCUGAUCUCAGACUCUGCGGACGUUUUUAAUACAAGGAUGACUCCGGAUGCUAUCGGUAUAUCUGUUGCACCAUCUCUGUUUCAUACUUGUAUACAUGAUGGUCAGCGAGCGAAGAUGGAAGAUGUAAUGAGGUUUAAAAUGGCAUCUGAAGUUAUAUCUAAAAUAAUCCAAAGUUUUGGUCACGUAAAUCUUUUUCCGAGAGAAUGCUAUGAAUUUUAUGCUCGAAUUACUGGUCGGGCAUUGCGUAUUGACGAAAAUGAAGCUCGAUUCAAAUUUGCCCCUGCAACUGGUAAGUUUUUUAUUUAG